UUGUUGGAGGGGAAGGAAGGGCACGUCCUUGUUCGCAAUAAACGGCUUUAGAUAAAAGGGGAAAACAAGCAGCCAUUAUUUAGCCGGAUCGAGUCCAGGCCUGUGAUCUGAAAGGAUCUGAUGCCAACAAUACAUAUUAAAAAUAGAAAGCAGCCUCCACGCUGUACUACUUUAUUCAUGAAAUCCACUUUUGUCACAUUCCUUAAAGAUUAAUGGCUUUGUUAGGAUGUUUUGUUCCCUAAAAUGUAGGUCACGACUGCAUAUUUGUGUUUUUUGGCAUCAAUGCAUCAGCAUCGAAAGAAUGGAAGAGAUUAUACUUGCCAGUAAUGCCAAGAUAAAUGCAUUAAUUGCAGUUUUAGCACCCACUCAAUUCGUUGUGCCCUCCAUAUAUUACGCAAAAGUACCACAACCACUCAUUUAAUAUGUUGCGGGAUGCGAGGGAUGAAUAAACCAACGGACUAAAAUAAAGCGAAAGUGGCACCACAGCCGAUGAGACGAUUCUUUUUUUUACGUAAAUCCGUCCCGACAUUUCCCUUGUGACAAAAAAAGCCUCACCACCUCCCCAGUCCCUCAACCCAUUCUCACACACCCCUCAUUCGACAUUUCUACCCAUUCAUAAAAAAAAAUCUCGGCAUCGCGCCUGCGCAAUGGCAUUCGGAGUCCUCCCCAUUCAUAAAAAUGUAACCUUCGCAUUUCAGCCGUCCUGAGUUGCUCUGCCCUCCCAUUCACAAAAAAAGAGAAAAAAAACAGUGCAUCUGCGCAGUGCCGUCCCUUUCCUUUCCUCUACCCUCCCAUUCAUAAAAAACUCACUUCCCUCCCCCUCGGUGGUUGCAACAUCACAUCCAAAGCUCUGCGUCCACAACCGCAGUCGCCUUUUACGCAUCAGCGAGUGGAGAAUAGUGCAGGAGAUCAGUUCUCCCUUCACAUGACUCUGCUCAUAUCACAUCCAGACAUUUGGACUUAUCUCUACUCGGAAUUUGGGGAGCUUUUGGGGAGCUACUCACUCGUUUUGACUGGACUAUAGACCGUGCGCAAACGUCGUGCGCAACGAAGAGAUGAGCAUUUUGUCCUGAAACCCAGACUUUUCUAAAUGCUGCUUUAGAGUGAAGACGUGCGAGGCACACAUGGAGUCCAGGGUCCCCCACCACAUCCCCGGCGUGUCCUCCUCCCUCGUAUCUCAGCCCUUGCUGGACAGUCGAGUGCCCUACGGCCGCCUGCAGCACCCUCUCACCAUCUACCCCAUCGACCAGAUAAAGUCCUCGCAUGUGGAGAACGACUACACCGACAGCCCCGCCGUCGUGUCCCAGCAGCCCCCGAGCCAGAAGUCCGUGAGCCGGAGAAUCAACUGGCUGGGUCAGAACCAGGAGGCCUUCCUGGGGGCAAACAACAACCAUCACCACAACCACCAACACCAGCACCACCAGCAGGGCAGGUGCGAGCCGCAGCCCCACCCCAACCCGGACGCCACCACCCACCCCUGGAUUUCCUUCAGUGGGAGGCCCAGCUCGAUCAGCAGCAGCAGCAGCACCUCGUCUGAUCAGAGGUUGUUGGACCACGCCGCCCCGACCCCUACGGUGGACCACCACCCGAAACUGCACCCCCACCAGGGCCCCGUCAACACAAUCACGACCCGAACUCCAGGCUGCUUUGCGUCGUCCGAAUCAAAAGUCCUCACCUCCUCGUCCUCCGCUUCCUCCUGCGCCUCCUCUAAGUCGCUGGACCUCAAGUCUGCAAAGAUGCCCGCGGGAGGCGUGUGCACCACCGGAGGCCAGCAGGGGUUGGCGCUGAUCCCGUCCUCCCCGGCCGAGAAGAAGCACCUCCUCCUCUGCGAGCAGUGCGGAAUGUGCCGAUGCACGGAGUGUACGCUCCCCCGGACCCUGCCCUCUUGCUGGGUCUGCAACCAGGAGUGCCUGUGCUCUGCUCAGAGCCUGGUGGACACAGCCACCUGCAUGUGCCUGGUCAAAGGGAUCUUCUACCACUGCACCGAGGACGAGGACGACGAGGGCUCCUGCGCCGACAAGCCGUGCUCGUGCUCCCAGGCCAACUGCUGUGCGCGCUGGUCCUUCAUGGCUGCCCUUUCCCUCGUCCUGCCCUGCCUGGUCUGCUAUCUGCCAGCUACAGGUCUGGCCAAACUGGGACAGAAGUGCUACGACAACGUCAGCAGGCCCGGCUGCCGCUGCAAGAACCUGCAGGGCGCCGUGAGUGCCCCUGUGUGUAAAAAUGGGGGCGUGGAAGCAAAAGUCGGGACACUAGAAAAGCAGGGAUCAUGAUAGUGGACAAAAAAAAAAACUGUCUGGCGGUGGCCCCGCUGGGAAUCGGACUGGACCACUCAGUACUUGCUUGUUCUCUAUGGAUAGGACAAUCCAACACCGACCCCUUAAACUACCCCAUUAAUCUACUGGAAGGUGACUUAUGUAAAACAAAGGUACUUAAAUGGCCUCUCGACCUAUGUUGGAUGAUCAGACGAGGCCUACUGAAGAAGAAGGGACAGGAUCGUGGAACUGGGCUUUUUGUUGUUUUUUUCCGCAAACGAUGGCCGGAGGCACAAAGUCAUUGUACCUCUCUGCUGCUCCGUAUUUCUCAACUAAUUUUGUAAACGGUAACUAACCAGAAGCUGGUUGCUGAACCUCAGAUGACAUAAAAGUUAUUUAAUGGAAAGAUAUAUAUCUGUGCGCUUCCCCGCCUCCCCUCCCCCCCCCCCCCCCCCCCCCCCCCGAAAAGCACAGCCCAGUGUCCUGUCUGUCUGAACAGACGCGAAAAACACGUGUUCACCUAUACCGGGGCUCUACGAAGUGCCAGAGUGAAACCACCUCUUACUCACUCUCUCCACCGCUAUGAUGAACACCGUCUGUUAUCGUCGCCCUCUUUUACCUCUUUUAGCUCACAGAUGCUAGCUUGGUAAUGCUAAAGCGUAUCUCUAAACAUUCAUCUCCACGCAGGAGCUGUAAAAAUCGAGCCGUUGUCAGACUUAAAGGUGUUAGAAUUUUUCCAUGUCUUGUGCAUAAGCAGUUGUAGAGAAACAGAGAGAGAGAGAGAUAAUAACUUAAUAACGUCCGUUUCCUGUUUUUAGGGGGUGAAUCCCAGAGAUUCUAAAAGUUUUUGAAUGCUGUUCACCAAUCACCUCAGAGGUAAUGCAUGUCAUGAACUGCAUGCUCUAGUGUAAUGGUUAGCCACCAUGCUAGAAGUCGAUGUGUCGUAGAGAAAUUGUGUAAAAAAAAGAAGAAAAAAAGUACACCCAACCUUCUCAGGGACUGUUUCAGUAAUCCUCUCUAGAACUUGGCCUACAGCAUGUUGAUUUCUAAACUGCCUAAGAGCCUGGUCUAUACUUCCUCUUUGCACAAGAAAGCAAAGAACAUUUAGGGGCGAAAAGGCAAUAGUGAAUAAUUUAAAACAAGUAAGCUAAGUGAGCGACAAACUGGCCAGAAAGCAAGGUUUUCGAGAGGAGAGGGGGACGCAAGUGUGAGAGACUGUGGAGGAGGGGAGAGAAGGCGGAGCAACGCCGUGGCUGCGCUCAUAUCCAGCCUGUGUCGAAAAUCAAAACCUGCCACCUGCACAACCUUUUUUCGGAGGACGCAAACCCCCCUUAAAGGAUGUUCUAAAGCACAGUAUUAACCACCACCUCUCACGUUACGUUUGCGUGCACGACAUUUAGUCCACACCCCCACCCCCCCCCCCCCCCCCCUGUCUACACACAGUGUCUUCAUUCAAUUCUAAUCAUGCUGCAGAGCUGCGUCAGCCAGAUAGUCUGUAUUUUAAUUCUUAAAGUCUAUUUUUGUGGCUUGCAUUAUGUUCUUAGGACUUUGCCAGAGGAAGCUAGCAUACAGUGGCUUGUCUUCGCUGUCUUGAGUGAUCACAGUUGUUAUGCACAUUCGCCAAAUGGAGUUGACGGCAGUUGGUUCUUAGAGGCAUUCUGCCCUUUAACACAGACGGCCUUUUCUGUGUCGGCAUAGAGGCAGACUGUCUUUGUUGCUCCAUAACACACACCUCUCGUUCACGUUGAACCCUUAAACUUGCAUUAGGGUGCCUAACUUUGCUCAUAGAUGUGUUUUGUCUUGUUGCACAAAGCUGAUAUCACACAGGAAAAAAAAAGGAAAAAAACACACACACACACACAGACACACACACUGUCCUUAGUUUCGAAUGUAUGAGGCAAUAUUUUCAAACCUAGCAAUUCAGUCCGAGAGAAAGGUGCCAAAACUGAGAAUGAUUGUGUGAGUGGGCAAAGGCCGAAUACGUGUAAGUGGGCGGUAAAAAUCACAAAUGUUUUGAUGAUAUAUUUAGUAAUAGAGCUAUGCAGGUAAACUGUUAUUUGCUGUAAAUAGUUUCACAACAUUUGUGUUCUUUAGAAGAGACUUUAAAAUGUCUUUGAAAGAUUGCAUGGUACGUUAUAACUAAAAUUCAGUACAAAAUAUAUAGAGAAUAUAUUAGAUAUAUAUUUUGAGGGUAAGAUGUUUUUGAGGUUGUGAGAAGUAAAAAAAAAAAAAAAAAGAGGGAAGAAGGGUGGCAAGAGGAAGGUUUGUGAAGGGGUUAUAAGAAAAAAAAAACGACAGGUCUUUCUAUCACUAGCACUUGAUUUAGAAAAGUAUGCCGGGCAAUAAAAAAAAAUAAGAACCCCCCCCCCCCCACCCUCCUGCUGUUAAUGCUAUCCAUGGCUCAUUAGCAGUGGAGAGGCUAAGCUAAUUCCCUGGUUCCUCUCCGGGUCCUGGAGACUGCACUCACUGAAUCCGCACGGGGAACACAACCCACCCCUGUCCGGAUCAACCCGUUUCCUGCUGUUACUCAGUGUCUCAGCUCGCUCCCCUCUUUUUCUCUCUCUCUCUCUCUCUCUCUCAUGCCCCCCCUCCCUUCCUCUCCCCUGCCCUCGUCUUCCCUUUUUUCCUCUCGGAGAAGUAGUCCAACAAAACACCCCUGGCCUUGAUUGACAAACACAGCUGCUGUGCAUAAACGUGUCAUACCGCAGAGAAGGGAGAGAAAGACAAGCCUGUCUCCCUUUCUCUCCCCCCCCCCCCAGUCUUUGUCUUUCCCCUGGAUUUCAUAGUUCUGUGCCAUCUUUUUAAUCAGUGCACGUCUUCUUCUUUUUUCUUUUCCAACAGUUGUUGCCUUUCUUUUCUUCUAUUAGUCAGCGUGGGAGCAAUGCUCCUCGCCUCGCGUUAGCUUUAUACUUUUCUUUUUUUUUUUUUUUUUUUAAAUGUGAU